AUGUCUCCCUACCCGAAAGUCGACUGCCACUCCCACUUCCUGCCAGCAGAAUACCGCAAGGCACUCGCUGAAAAUGGCCACAAGAAUCCUGACGGCAUGCCAGCGGUCCCAGAAUGGAGCGAAGAGAGUCAUCUCACCAUGAUGAAAUCUAUCAACGUGACCAAAUCAAUCCUCAGCAUCAGCACACCUGGAGUCCACCUCAAGGCCGGAGACGAUGCGCUUGCCCGAAAGCUUGCCCGACAUGUCAACGAGGUCGGGGCAGACCUGAAGAAGCGCAUGCCCGACCAGUUUGGCUUCUUUGCCUCUCUGCCUCUGCCGGACGUUGAGGGCGCCCUGCAAGAGAUCUCCUAUGCCUUGGAUCACCUCAAUGCUGAUGGGUUUGUCGUGCUCACCAACUUCCACGGGACGUAUCUCGGGCACAAGGACUUUGAUGCCGUCUUCGAUGAGUUGAACCGCAGGAACGCCGUUGUCUUCAUCCAUCCUACCACGCCGUGCUUGUCGUCCGGGACCGCGGCGACUCCGCUCCCUCAGUUCCCAAGGCCAAUGUUUGAGUUCUUGUUCGACAGUGCCCGCGCAGUCAUCAAUCUGUUCCUGACCGGCACCGUGAAGCGAUGUCCCAACAUCACGUUCCACAUGUCACACGUCGGAGGGGCAUUCCCGCCCCUGAUCAACCGGUUCUCGAGCGUGGCCGAGAUCAUGAAGCUGGGGGGAUCUGCCAACGAGGUCACUCCGGCCUGGGUCAAGGAGAGGCUCAACACGCAAUUCUACUUCGACACGGCGGGCUGGGCGUUCCCGGAGCAGGCAAAGGGGCUGCUGGAGUAUGUCACCGUCGACAGGAUGCUGUUCGGGAGCGACUUCCCAUACACACCCUUGCCGGUGGUUCAAGCCUUGUCCAAGCAGCACGACGAAUACCUGCCCCAGGUGUUUGCCAGUGACGACGACAAGGAGAAACUAUGUAGCAGGAACGCUUUGCAGCUCUUCAAAAAAGCUUCCAGCAAGCUUUCUUGA